AUGCAGGGUUACAAAAUUCCCUUCUUCCAACUUCCCACACCUUUUGCUAAGAGAAACAAUGCUUCUGCUCGUGAGAAUAGUGAUUUUGUUUCGCAAGCUGUCAACGAUUUACUUCGUUUGGACCUAAUUGAAGAACUUGCUUGUAAGCCCAACAUCAUUAACCCACUUUCGGUUUCUAUCCGUAGUUCGGGAAAGCAAAGGCUUAUUUUGGAUCUUCGACAUGUCAACCAGUUUUUAUACAAGCAGAAGUUUAAAUGCGAAGAUCUGGGCGUAGCUAGCCAGUUAUUUGAUCGUAAUUAUUACUUGUUUAAAUUUGACCUUAAGUCUGGUUAUCACCACAUUGAAAUUUUCCCGGACCACAGAAAAUUUCUCGCUUUUGAGUGGGAUUUUGGGAACGGGGUUUCAAGAUAUUUUCAGUUCUAUGUGCUCCCUUUCGGGCUCUCUUCAGCUCCGUAUAUUUUCACAUCAAUUUUGAAGCCAUUACAGAAAUCUUGGAGGAGCCAGGGCAUCCCUAUAGCUAUUUUCCUUUACGACGUUUUAGGAGGGGGAACAGAUUUUGUUUCUGCUAAAGUUAACAGUUUAGUCAUCCAUUCAGAUUUGCUCAAGUCUGGAUUUGUUCCUAAUGAGGAAAAGUCCCUUUGGGAGCCUGUCCAAGUUAUCACCUGGUUGGGUGUAGUUCUCGACAUCAUUGAUGGGACUAUAAAAGCAACCGAAGAGCGCAUUGAAAAGUUAAACGCUGGCCUUGUUGAGCUAUUGUCUUGUCAACCUCUCCGGAAAGUGCACUUGAAAAGAGUCGCUAGCGUAACGGGUCAAAUAAUUUCCCUCUCUCUCUCCCUGUGUGGGUUCCGUUGCCCGUAUUAUGACUAG